AAAGUACCCAAUGCUCGACAGAACACUAAUGUUCGACACCUAAAAAGUAAAAUAAAAAAAAUAAGACUAUGAGUGAAUAUUCGAACGUAUACGAAGCAUAAAUCAUAGACGAGCUUCGUAUAGCUGUCAAUGCAAGUGUCAUUUUGAUCAUUCGGCCAUUUUUAUAAAAAUGGCGUGACUCGAAACAUCGACCGGCGGAAGUCUCUCUUGGAAAUCUCGUUUUACUAGCGAAAUCACUAAGGAGGAAUGGCGCCUAAAAAAAACUACACGCCUUUCCAAAUGGCACAGGCGAUCGAAGCAGUCAAAAGAGGUGAAAAAAUUGCGACUGCAGCAAAAAAGUUUGGUGUACCCAGAAUCACCUUACAUGACAAAAUUACGAGCAAAACUCCAGUUACAUGUUCAAUGGGUCCUGGUACAUAUUUAUCUACAGAAGAAGAGGCUAUAUUAGAAAAAUGGAUUCUUGAUAUGACUGAUAAACACAUUCCUAUUACCAAAGAUGAAUUGCUCGACAGUGUACAACGAAUUAUCGUUGAUCAGCAGAAAAAUACACCUUUUGCUAACAACAGGCCAGGUAGAAAAUGGUACAAUCUGUUUCUGAAUAGACAUCCUACAUUGUCUGAGAGAAAAGCGCAAAAUUUAAACACGGCACGUGAUGCCGUUACUGAAGAAAACAUAAAAGGUUGGUUUAAAGAGAUAGAAUCCUAUUUAGAAGAAAACGGUCUUAAAGAAGCAUCAGAAGAUCCGGCUCGGAUCUUUAAUACGGACGAAAGCGCUUUUUAUUUGUCACCUAAAGCCGGGAAAGUUCUUGCAAAAAAAGGGGACAAACAUAUCUACCAAUCCUCUGGUGAUGAAAAAGAUAAUUUAACGGUUUUAAUCACCGGGAAUUCCGCUGGUCAAUUAGCUCCUCCUAUGGUUGUGUUUGCCUAUGAAAGAAUUCCGUCUACAAUUUCAUCUCAGUUUCCAGAAGAUUGGGCAAUUGGACGAUCUCCGACUGGCUGGAUGUGCGGCAGCACUUUUUUCGAGUAUAUCGCGAACAUAUUCAAUCCCUGGCUAGUACACCAGAAGAUUGAAAAACCUGUGCUCUUCUUUCUGGAUGGCCAUAGGUCGCACUUGACCCUUCAUUUAUCCAAUUUUUGUGCUGAAAAUGGUAUAGAAAUUAUAGCGUUAUACCCAAACAGCACGCACAUUCUGCAGCCAAUGGAUCUUGCCGUGUUUAGACCUUUGAAAACUUAUUGGGCAAAAGCUGUUAAAGACUGGAAAUUGCAACACCUAGGACAAAAUCUAAAAAAAGAAAAUUUUGCCCCUGUUCUCAACACAGCAUUAGAGUUAAUAACUGAGAGUGCUAUUAGGAAUGGUUUUCGUGCUGGUGGGUUGUACCCCUUUGGCCCAGAUUAUGUUGAUUUAUCUAAAAUAAAAACUCGAUCAAAAUCGGAAGUUUCGACAGAACAGAUUCUUUUCUUUAAUUAUCUAGAAAAAGAUAUAACAACAAAGUUGGGGGCUGAAAAGUUGCAGAUGUUCAAUGAAUUAUUCUUUAGAGACAAAGAAGAGUUGAGUUCUCGUUUGAAUGAAGACCUGUCACUGUAUGUAAUAUGGGCCAGCAACAAACAAAUUGUCGGAAAUUCUGAUCAAAUUAAUAAAUCGAAAGAACCUUCAACACAAUCAUUAGUUGAAGUCCCGAAUCCAACAAAAGAUCCUGCUAUUCCAAUUACAAGUACAUCAACAGACUUAAUUGAAUUUGAUCUGACACCACAACAACACAUUCAGCUAGAUCACGACUAUGUCCACCCAUUUAAUAAUUCUGCUGUCAAUAAUCAUCAAGAAACUAACGAUACGUCACAUAACCCAUUAACUAACGAUGGGCCAAAUUCUCUAAACAUAAAAGAUCCUGUUUUGGUUGCUUUAACUUCCCGCUCCAUAAACCAUAAAUCUUCAGAAGAGAAGACUAACACAGAUUCGCUAGAGACGACCAUGACAAAAUCCAAACAUAAUAACAUAGGGUCUGAGACAUCCAAAACUGACCUAAACGCCGCAGAAAAAACACCUGUUAAAGAUACGACAAGACCUGGGACCUCAAAAACCAUUCAGUUGAAAGACGGAAGUAAAAUUAUUAUCCCAUCUCCAUUUAAACGGAAUAUUAACUGGCCCGGAGAAGAUGAAGAAAAGAAAGGUAAAAAAAGAAAGUGCAAGGAAAAGAUUCCUUAUGCUAUAACUAGUUCACCAUGGAGAGAUUAUCAUAACCGGAAAGAAAAAGAAAAAAGAGAAAAAGAGGAACAAAAGCAAAUUAAAGCUAAAGAAAGAGAAGAAAAAAGACAAUUAAAACUAAGAGAGUUGGAGAAGAAAAAGGAAAAAAAGCUGAAAGAAAAAAGUAACAUUAAGAUGAAAAAACGCAAUAGGCUAAGAAAAUGGAAACCAAGUGACACGUCUUCGGACAAUACAGAUACUGAAUUAAACUAUGCAGAUAGUGAAGAUAGCUAUAAUGUGGAAAUUGAAGAAGAAAUAACAGACACUGAACGAGCAUCUAAUGAAAAUUCAGAAAGCUCCGAAUCCGAAGACGUCCCACUUAGUAGAUUGUCAAAUAAAAUAAGCAAAUAUGGUAAUGGUGAUUAUGUGAUUCUCAAGUAUGAGGGGUAA